AUGAAGAUUGACGGUGUGAGCUUGGUGGAGCCAUCGCCCGCGGAUGACCCCAACGGCAUGGGUCCCGUGGCCGUGGUCAUCGACUGCGACCUUGACGCCCUGGCUCAGAAGGUCCUGAAAAAACCACCACACCCGCUCCUUGCAAAAUUCGAGCGCACACGGACCGCAAAGCGAGAGAGGGGAAAGAACUAG